AUGGCCAGACAGCGACCUAUGACUACGGCAGCCCUGCUACUGCUGCUGCUGUUUUGUUUGCUGACAAGUGCGAUCUCAGUCAACGCAUGGGGGAGCAGCGAGGACGCCAAGUCCAUUGUGAGGCGCGACAAGGAUGAGCAGAUUCAGUUUUGGGAGCGAGAGGUGAACACCCUCCGACAGGGCGAAAUGGCCAAAGCGUAUAACAAACUGUACAAAGCGCAGGCAGCGUUGGAGUCUGCCCGUGCGAAGCAGGGAUUCUUCUACACACGGCCACAGGACAAGGCGACUAUCCGCUUGCUUGAUGAGGAUUACCGAAGAACGUUGGUGGAGGUUAAUGUCCUUAAGGAGCAAGAGCGCCUCAUCAUGGCGAAACUAAAGCCACUCUACGGCGUCAUUUCGCUGCACUUUGCGCAGGAGCAGAAACGCACCAUCUCAGAGUCCAUCAAGGCUGUGCAAUCGCUCAGCUAUGAUAACGCGUGGUACUCCUCUCUCUUCAGCCUUGGCGAAGCGGAGAGCUUCUCCGACAUUAUCAUGGGCUUCAUUGGCAACUGGGUCCUCGGCUUCGUCAUUCUCUACCCCUUCUCGGUUCUCUACUACGCGCUGUGGUCCGCUCCAUGGAGCGUGUACGAGUACACCUCUGGCGUUGCGGACCUUGUCCCUGGCGUUGUUGCUUACGCUGUGUGUGUUGUGGCAAUGUGCUUGCCUCUUAUCGUUCUUGUUGUCACAUUGUACUUGUUGAUUCGGCACUACGGACCUCAAGUGCAGGCGGCUGCGCGACGGGCUCAGGCACACCGACAUAAUGACUGA